CCUGGCAACUUGGACUAUGCGCCGGAUGCGCUUGACAGUAUGGCGGACAGCGAAAGUGAUGUAGAAACUGACGGGCUGGAAUUAGCUUUAGAAUCAUUGUGUAGUCGAUAUUGCAGCGAUGUGUCCGCCAUUAAAAGCAAAGACUACUGUUCGGACUUUUGUGAGUUGGUUGAAGCAUACACGGGCCAAUGGCAAGUUCCUUUGCCUCAAUUGAAGGUACUACAGACAGCGCUGUGCAGUUUCACAAAAGCCACGGCCAGAUUCCCCGACGACUGUCAGCACGUCCACAAUAUUCUCAGCCGUCUGGCCUUGAGUAUCUUUGAGCUCCUACUAUUUUUCAGUAAAGAGGAAUUUGGGGAAAAACCUUUAAAAGACAUCCUCGACUCCUAUCAGGCAUGUCACAUUGAGCUUUUAAGGCACAGGAAUGUAUAUCUUCAACAUGCAAGACUGAUCAUAAAAGCCGGUGGCCCAUGGGAGAACCAGGUGUUGCAAGCAAUCCUGAAGGAGACCGAGUUGCCUCCCAAAGAGGUUGAUGAUUACCUAAGCUCAGAGCUGCCUGUUUUUUUGGAGCUACGGAUUCGCUACCUGCAAGCAUGUGAGAGAAUAAAGGAAGCUAUGGCCUUGGCGAAAGUCUGCCUGGAGAACCACAAACCUGGAAAACAUUUGUACCUGCAUCAAGCUUACUUAACUUGUCUCUACAAGGCCUCGCUGCAUGAACACCUUCACAAGCAGAUGGCACACAUUGAUGGCCGUGACGCGGUGGAGAUUAUCUGUAACACCGAGCAAAUUGAAAAGGACGAGCUCCUUUUGUCACUGUGCAAAGUGUUCCUUGCCCAGCAGCUACACAAUGGAGACAUGUACUACAUAUGGGACUUGGCGUUCAUCUGGAGCAGGUUGCAUCUUCGAACCCACCCGUCGAUGCGGGACUUCCUGACCGAGUGCACGCGGCUGGCUUACUCUGCGAAGAACGUCCGCGCCAUCUUUCCCUUCAUCAAGCUCGUCAGCGCCGAGCUGGGCCGCGAUGGAGUCCAAGUCUGCAUGGAGCUUUGCGCCAGGGCCUUGCAGCUGUGUGACGAGCAAGCGGACGACGUGGCUCAAUCUCUGGUCUGCAAGACCAUCGCCUUCCUCCUGCCCGGAGAUCUGGAGAUCUGUCGAGCGUGCGCCCUGCUGGUCUUCUGCCUGGAGAGAAGCUUGGAAGCUUACCGAACGGUGCGCCUGCUUUACAAGCAUCCUGACCAGGAGACGCAUCCUCACCGCAGCCUUGUCCCGACCAACGUUCGCUUCAAAAUUAUGCAGAUGCUGAAGGGGCGUCUGUCAUUUGACCCCGAGUUCUGGAGCAUCCUGGCCCUCAGGACCCGCUGCUUGGAGUUGAUAGACGACAAAGUCAUGAAGGACGCUCUCAUCAAUGAGAUGAGUCAAGAAGAAGAGGAGGAGGAGGAGGAAUGCUGUGAUGAGGCGCUAACAAGUACUUGUGUAACUGAUUUUUAUGCUCAACAUUUAAAUCCCAGCAAGAGUGCUGGGACUAAGUCUGAGAAAGAGCCCCCUCUUCCGGAACAUACUUCUGAGAGCCACCUGGUAAGCUUGUCAUGUAAUGCUCCUGUGAAGAAGAGAAAAUGGGGCCGCAGACUGCGAAGGAAAGUCCGACUUUUUUCCGAUGAGGACGUCGACCAAGGCGACGACCCAGAAUUCAUGUACAAUCUCAAACCCAGCUCAUCGUGUAACAAAUCUGCGUAUUCACUACGACGCAAUCACACCAGGCGGGAAAAUUGCACUCCCGGCAAGCUCCCUCUUAAUCGAAAGAGAGAAUAUUUAUCCCGAUGUGUGAAAAGCCAAAUUUUGAAAAGGAAAGGCAAGAAAAAAAGAUGGCUGCAAGGUCUUCCUCUGCUGGAGGCGCCGCCGCAGCCCGUCCAAGAGAAAGUGGUCGUACUGAAAGGGAAAAAGCGGGGGAGGAAGCCUGCGCAUCGAUUGGAGCUCUCUUACCCUGAUAAUGAAAUAUCCGUCCCCAAGGGCGACUCUGCCCUGGGGGAGAAAACUGAUGCAGAAGGCGCAGAGGGGGAAAUGCCUCACCUAGCGAAUGACCCAGAAAGUGUGCGGAUGAACGCCCAAGCCGCAGACGGAAAGGACGGACACGGCAACUGCGGUCCAAGCCGAGGGGAAACUUCCCCUAUUGGCACUCCUUCUGCCGAGGCUCCGAUUGUUAACCCGGCCGUUGAAGCUGACCCCGAGCUCGAUGGACCACGUCAGGCAUUACAGAGCUCUGCGAUAGAACUGAUGCACAGUUACCAUCUAAGGUCGACAAACAGUGACACGGAAAAGCCCGCAGAAUUCUCCACGUGCGAAAACGACACGGCGGAAGAGCCGCCAAUCAUUGAGGAAUUUGAAAAAUCAAACAUCAAGGUGAAAGUGGAGAGAACGUGGAGGGAAAAGGUGCAACGAGGACAAAAAUACGCUUGUGUCAGUUUCUACUGUCACCCCUGUAAGAAAAACUAUAAAGGCUUGAAUGUGUUGAGGCAUUUCAUUGCCCACUUCAAGAGGCGCAACAGGUGCAUCAUCUGUGGCAAAUGCUUCCAGCACUUAGUCGUUGGCAAGAAGCACAUUUGGGAGCACAUCGAAGAAAUGUGCAAGAACCACAAAGACGCCGAGGCCGAGGGAGCCCAAACCACAAACGGGACGACGAGUAAUCAGUUGGAGGCUCCCAACGAGAACCAGACACCUAUCGAGGAACCUCGGAAGAAACUCAGCAAAGUCAAAGUUUCCAGCCUCAGUCGGGAAGAUCGAAUCAUGCGAAACCUCCGCAUUGCACUCCGAAAGCUACAGGCCCAGUCCAAGAAGUUGAACAAAGACGCCGCCGCGGUGCCGUUAGACUUCGAGGACGAGCAGGUGGUCAUUCAAGACGACCUGGUCAUCAUCAAAGCUCCCGCGGCCGCAAAGCAGGGCGAAGCCGACGCGGCCGGAGAAAACGGCUACGACGCCGUCGGCAAGUACGUGUUGUGCCCUUCCUCGUCCUGCGAUCGGGUGUUCCUGAAACACGGCAGCAACUUGACCAAACACGCCGUCAGAAGUCACCUCAACGAUGACCAAGUGCUGGAAAAGACCUUUGUCUGGGCCAAGCACAAAUGCACCUUCUGCAGUCGCAACUUCCAGUUUGUCCAGUAUUACAAGGAGCACAUCAGGCGCCACGACCCCUUACUGCCACACUUCUGCUUCCACGUGCAGUGCGACCAGCGCUUCUUGACCUCGCAAGAACUCAGAGCGCACAUGAGCACCCACGACCCUUUCAGCGCCAUGUGCGCUUUUGCCAACUGCAACAAGCAGUUCUCAGACAUCAUAAACCUCUUUGACCACGAGUGGCGACACUACGUGCCGCCCCCUCAGAGGGACGACCUGGGCCGGCAGCAGAGGCAAAGCGACGAGGCGCCCUGGAAGCAAAGGGUCAAGGUUGAGGAGAGAUGGUCGCAGAGCAAGCAAAUCAACCAGGAGAAGCCGGGAGUUGUGAAAACCACUUCGGGAAUUCUCGCCGUUGAGGCAAACGCGCCGGAUAGCGCCGAGGUUUGUUUGAAAGCGGCGGAGCCCAUCCAAAAACCCAUCAACGGAUUCGAGGAGGCGAAACAAUGCCAAGGGCCAAAAGGAAGCAAGCGCGCCGCGUCGAAAAAAGCGCAUCACAAAAAGAAGUUCAGAUUUACCUGCAGGAAUCCCGUUCCGGACCCCUUGAACGUCAAGGACAUGGAGAAAAACACCACAAUGGCCGAGGGCGUGGAUAGCAAGUGGGAGGAGCCGCUCAUCGCGCAGCACAAAACCUUCAACCCUCAAGAGCCUACCUACGCGCCCUUCUACAAAACGUACUUCACCCGGCUGCCGCCCAGCACCUACAUGGACGAGUCGCAACUGUCCAUGCGCAAAAGGAGAGCCGCGGCGGAGGAAGCCCACACGCAAAAUCAGUCUUGCAGUUUUUACGCCCAGACGCAUUUUUCGGUGAGGUAUGAGACGCACGAGAGCAAAGGUAAACGUGAACAGAAGAUCAGACAUCGAUGCGAAAAGUGUCUGUCCUCCUUCGACAGCGUCCAAGAACUCCAGAAUCACAAAGCUCUCAACACGUGCUCGGCUCUCUUUGGAUUUGAUUCGGAUGACGAAAGCUAACGCGCCUUAUCGAAAUCUGCUCAUUUGACCAAAAAUAUGUACAGUCUCUUUUUAUUAUGGCUAGGAUAUGAGAGGGGACUGUAACUCAAGUGUAGUAUACACUGAUACAUUUUUUGUUUUUAAAAUCAGUCAUACCAACCGUAUCCGCAAUGUGGAUCAAGAAGGCGUCGACUGUUUCUAAGCGCUUGUCAGUGCAGAAACAUCAAAAUGUCCGCAGGUCUUCUUACAUAGUUUGUGCCAUUUGCUAGCUAGCCCUUAAAAGUCAAGUCGAAUUCAUAGAAAUUGUAUGAAAGACAAACUAAUACUCUCUGACAGUCUUCCAAACGCAUCACUCUCGAGCAGAGAGAGCCACGCAAAAGGCUCAUUGGGCAUGAGAGGAAUAUCUGAUUUGUGAAAUGUGUAUUUAUUUUUCAAGAUCAUCCGCAUUGUCAUCAUGUUGAUGGAAAAACAACUGGAGUUUUUUUACUCAAGCAAUCACCAAAAUUAAAAAUCUGCCCGGAUCUCUUUAGUAUUAAAUUACGUUGGGAGUGACGCGUGAGAUGAAAAAACAACUUAAAAGACAAGUUGUAUACAAAUCUUUGGGUCUUUCAUGUUUUUUUUUUGUUUUGUUUUUUGUUUUUUAAUGUAUGGAUUAUUUAUGUGUACAAAUGUAAAAAAAAAACAACAUAUUUGUUAUGGUAUAACGCCAACCUAUUUUUGUUACAUAAACUGACUAAAAUCUGUUUAAUUAAACAAAAAAAAAUACAUCCGAUUCAGUAUAUUUUUAUUUAAGCAGUGCAUAUUUCAUUCGGAAACAUAUUGCUGUCAUGGUUU